AGCCCUAUUCUAUCCCUGAUUCCCUGCUCUACUCUACUCGAAAAAUAGGAGAAAUAUAUAAAUCUAAAAUGAUAUCCAGAGAGAGAGGAAAGAAGAAAAUUUUAGUACUGUUAUGUCUACUUUGUAAGGGAUUCCACAAUUUCAUAACUUCAAAAUUUUAAAACAAUGAGUUCAUAUCCAUGCACCAAAUGCCCAAUUGCUGUUAGAAACUCCACAAUUCAAUCCCCUCAUCCAAGAACACCCACAUCUAGGAAUAAAAAAGCUUCUUAUCCUUUCAGUAAAACUAAAUCCCUCAUCUCCCAGAUUUCACUCUCUAGUAGCUGCUCAUCCUUCAGUCACCAAAGUAAAGCAGAUAAUCUCAACCAAUGUCUAGCCGAAACAAGAACCUAUAGUUCUAUUUCUGAAGACAAAUAUCCCACUAUGUCAGAAAUUAUGGAAGCAUCAAGAGCCCAAAAUCUUGAUCUUCAGCUUCAAAAAUUGGGACCCUUUUUUAGAAUAACAGCUAGGAGCUUAAAAACACAAAGGGAGCUUGGGAAAGCCGAGGGUUUGAUAAGGGUGUGGUUUCAAGGUAAAAUUCUACACUUGGAUUCCAUAAGACUAAAGAGAGAGACAUCGGGGAUGGAAAAAUCAAUAUUUGGGAUUGGCUUGUUUAUUGGAGCAGUUGCAAUUAGGCAUGGUUACGAUUCUGGUUGUGGAAAAGCUGAGUUGCUGGCCAUUUAUGACACUGAGCUUUAUCACUCCAAGCUUGUGAGGUUCUACACAAGGAUUGGUUUCAAGUCAGUACACCAAGUUACUGGAGAAUCACUGGGAGAUGUUGGUCACAUGUUGGUCUGGGGUGGCGUAGGAACUCGCAUGGAUGCAGAUAUUGAAGAUCUUCUUGUCAAAUGGUGCACAAGAUUUAAACCGAAGAGUUAAAUUGACUCAAGGAUCUCAGUCUCAGUUUUCUUUAUAGCACAAUCUCUUUUGCCAAAGUUUGAGGUGUAUAUAUGAAAACUGACGAUGGGCUACCACUAUCCCAUCACCACAGACUUCUCAGCUGUGAAAUGACUCCCUAAUAAUCUGAAUACUAAAAUAAGUGUAGUUUAUGUUUUUCUUUUCAAAAGAAGAGUUGUUUCUGCAAUAUAUCAAAAUGACGAGCAUUUUCACCAAACUUAAAGAUCUAUAGGAUGAUGAUCUACCAAACAUUGUGUGUUUGGCAUUUGUAUUCUUAUAACAUUUGUAGACAGACAAUAAUAAUAAACCCAGUAUAAUUUCA